AGUGCUCAGGCAUGAUUACGAACGCAUCGAGUUGAUGUGAGGAACCAUUAAGUCUUGCAACGGGCAUGGCAGCGACGAGUUCCAGGAGGAGAGGCCGAGGCGCAUGCCUCAGCUUCGGGAUUGCGCUGCUGGCGCUCUUGUUACGGUGGCCGAGCACGGAGUCCCCAUUUGCCGCCCACGACUUUGCCGGAGGAGCUCAGCUGAAGGUGAGACCACGCCCUUCGCAUGCUGGAGUCGCCUUGCGUGCCCUAGCUGCGCAAAAGGACAAGAGUGCCCAGGACUUCCUCGAUCUUGAGGAGGUGAUUGCAAAAGCCGAACGGGUGCUGGAGGACAACGGCGCGGCGGGCCAGAUAAAAGCUGCCUUGCGAGAAGCGCAGAAUAUAUAUCCAGGGAAGUGGACCCUUUCAGGGAAGAAGGACGAGUUGCAACAAAAACUGCGCGAGUUUGUGGAAGAGGCCAAACCAGUUCUGAAGGGCUUGGAAGAGGACCUUGUCCUGGCGCAGGCCGGGCAGGACCUUGUCCUGGCGCGGCAGCGGCUGGGACUUGCGCUGGCGCAGCAAGAGACGGCCCAGCGGCAGGUUGAGAGCGCCCAGGAGCAGGUGGCGACAGCCCAGCAGCAGGUGGCAAUGGCCCUGCAAACUGGCAACGCUGAGGAGGUGCAGGAGGCGAAGAAGGAGGUGCAGGAGGCAAAGAAGGAGGUGCAGGAGGCGAGGAAGGAGGUGCAGGAGGCGAAGAAGGAGGUGCAGGAGGCGAAGAAGGAGGGGCAGGAGGCGAAGAAGGAGGUGCAGGAGGCAAAGGCAAGCAAGACCGAGGCAAGCGGGAUCAAGGAGGACCCAGAUGCCACGGCGUUCAUCCAGGAGCUGGUCUAUGCCGAGCCCAAGGACCUCGGCGAAGGCGUGGAGGUCUUCGACCUCAAGGAGUGCCUGCCCGCAAGGCCCUACGACCUGAGCGGGAGGAAGCUGCUGACGCGGAACACGACGCGCCAGGCCUGGAAGGCCACCUUUGAGCUGAUGAAGAACGGCACGGAGCGCGUGGCCAUGCUGGGGAUCCCCGGCAUCGGCAAGAGCCGGUCCCUGGCGCUGGGCCUGUGGCACCUCGUGUCGGGUGAACGCCCAGACUGGAUCAAGGAGCCCCAGGCCGUCGUCUUCGAGGCGUGGGAGGGCGGCUUCGUUUUCAUCUUCAUCAACAAGGACCGCCGUUGGAAAGCGCAGAGCCUGCCGAUUGGCAAGUGGGAUGCAAGCGACUGCGAGCACCUGCAGAACAGCAACAACUGGUACCUCGUGGACGCCUCGGAGAAGCGCCCCACAUAUAAGCUGCGUGCCAAGACGGUGAAGGCCUGCAGCCCCGACAGGGAACACUACUCCAACUUCAUCAAAGAUGGUGGAGAGUGUGUCUACAUGGAGGCGUGGAGAGAGCAGGAGCUGCAGGUGGCCCAUGGCAAUUUGGCGACGGCAGUCACCAUGAGCACAGUGCUUGAGAGGUUUCGCCUGGUUGGGGGCAUACUACGCAUCCUUUUGGCUUCAGAAAAUGCCUAUGCAAAAGCCAUCGCUCAGCAGGAUUCCGAGGCGAAUGACUUUGCCACUGUGCAACGUGCUUUACAUGGAGAUCUGGACACCAUGGGGACGAAGCUUCCGAGCAGACUUUUCACAUACCUUUCUGUGGACGGGACUUCUUGCGAAGUCGCUGUGUGCUCCGCCGGGGUGAGAAGGCUUCUAGCACGCAAGCACUAUGCCGAGCUUGUGAAUUUGUGGAAGGAUGGAAACAACCCAAAAUCACGAUGUUGGCUGCAAAAUUUUGUCGGGGUUUGGCUAACCACAUCUUGGUGUCGCAAGCGGCUGGAGACCUGGGAAAUAACGAAUACAGGAAAAGCAAAUGCCUCCUGGACGCACAAGAAGGGCAAAGAUUUCGUAGUUCCUGGCGGUUUGGAAUUGCUGCAGAGCGAUUCCGAUGACACUUUCGAGCGCAGAUGGCUUCAAGUCAUGAAAGGCGACCUGGCAAAACGUCUUCUGCGCAGCCCAGAGCUCUAUCCAGGCCUCGACUACCUGCUUGACUUCAACCAUGGCAUCUCUGUGACAAAUUCCCCGCACCACAGCAUCAAACCGACAUUUUUACAGAGGUUGCGUGACAUUUUUGAUGGCUGCAAGGGACAACACAAUUUCACCCUCUCUUUUUGGGUGACAGGAGACCCGCAGCAAUUCAAACCGAAGUCAGGUGCAGAGUUCAACAAUUUGAUGGCAUUGGCGCAAGGGAGAGGCAGAGUGUUCCGGAAUGUGUAUGUACAGGUCGUGCAGAUUCCAAAAACGCUGGACAAAGUGCCAGACGCCUGACAUCCUGAAAAAAGGGUGGAAUGUGUUGA